UUCCCCUCUGGGCGGUGAGGUAUAAUGACACUCCGGUUUUGAUGAGCAGGCAGACGCUUGUAGUUGAACCAUCAUACUUUGUUCUCCUGCCACUCGUUGUAUUUGGACCCCAUCGACAUGGUGCCUCGCUCCAAGAGCCUGGCGCUUCUGGCCGUUCCUCUGUGGAUGUGCUUUGGAAGAGUUGCGGCUCUUGAUGAACCAGAGAUCUGCUAUGUUCUGGACGGGAUUCUCUUUCUCUACGGACUUGUGCUGACCAUCCUCUACUGCAGGCUUAAGAUCGUUAGCGCUCGGAAAGAAAUGGCUGCCCGGAAACCAAAACCAAAGGCAAAGGGAAAGGCUGCGUCUGAAAGCAUCUACACGGAUUUGAACCCUCGGCCUGUGGAUACCUAUGAAGUAAUUGGCUUGAAGAAGUGACAGCGUAAUCGGAACCAAGCGCUUUGCAAAACAGUCUGUCUGCUCUUGAAAUACCCUGAAUUGAAGCUGUCGCUUUGUAUAGAACUCACGGGAAGUUAAGAAAUGUCGAACAGAGGGAAGUGAAGAAAUUGAAAGAAAUGUGAAGUUAAAGUUACUCUUUGCUGAACGUUUAAGUAACCAUUAUGCUUUUACACUGCAAAAGUCCUCAGAAUGCCAUUGGAUCUACUGUUUUUAGCAUCCAUCUGUUAUUAUACAUUUCAACAAAUAUGUUGUCCUCAAUUCAGUAUCAUAAUAUCUGGCUCUGUUUUCUUUUAACAUCACCUGAUCCUUUCAUCUGUCUUUUCAAGAGCCUUCAAAAUCUCGCCUCACAAACCAAGUUUUUAUUCGUAAAAAGUUCCUUGUGCUGAUUUAGAUCAUGUAAUGUGAACCAUCACUUGGAAUUGAAAUAAAAUUUCUGUUUCUGGA